AGAGACUAAACUCGAAAUAAAAUCAAACCAAAAGAUAGAUAGAAAUUAAUAACAAAGUGUUAGAGACCAAAUACAUAUAUACCCAAACCAAGGGGACAAUUCUUGUAAUUUACUCUAGCAAUUAUUUUGAAAUUUGGUUUCGGUGGUCCUUCCCAGUUGCUCCAUUUCCCACGUAGAUUCGAUAUUUCAUGCCGGAUCUUGUCUCAGCUUCCUUCUACACUGGUUAUACGAAGUUACGAACCUCUAUGCUUUGAUUACCUUCCAUCUAUACACACAUAUGUGUCAUAUCUUCUUCAGUUGCUCACCCCUAAAACCUGAAAGUUCAAGAGCUUUGUAUUACUAGAAUAAGUUUUCAUUUGGGAACUACUCUGCUUUUCGAAAGAACGACUUAACAGAUCAUGGCUCAAACACUAGAAGCCAUCAAAGGUGGUGGUGGAUCCAUAAAAGUUGGAACCACGGGCACCAUCAAUGCCUUAAUGUCAAGGGAACUACAAUCAGUCAAAGUUCCAUCUCCAAAAACAACCUUGGAACAACCUAAUAAUGCUGCAAUGGAUUCAAAACCGAAACCAAAAGUACAAACAGAGGAAGCAACCGCCAGUUGCAGUGGUGGCACCACCACGAAUGAGAAAGAAACCGGUGGUGGUUCCCGGAAACCGAAGCAUCACCAUGCCAGAACGGCUAGCCGGAAUCCUUUUCUCCGGUCUGACAGUGGGGAUGGAAAUGGAACUUCGGGUAGAAAGAAGAAUGACAAAAAGGCGUCUUGCAUUGUUGAAAUUGUGGAUGUAAAAUGUGGAGUGCCCGAUAAGUCGUGGGCAAAUCCGAUUACAAAUAAGUUCAAGAAACUUAGUUUCUCAAAGCUUUCGGUGUAAUGGAUUUAGCAAUAAACAAAUUGCAAAAGUUUAUCGAGUAAAUUAGAUAGCUGAUUUUUGCAAUUUCA